CCUCUCAAAUUUAUUUCACUGUAUUAUACUCUUUAAGUAACAUCUCCAAACACUAAUCUUCCCGAUUACUGCUUAUAAUCUUGCUACCUCUACUACUACGGGACCUGAAUCGACCACUGCAUCUUUAUGCUAAUGUGGUGUGGCAACUCCAACUGAUGUACGUACGUAGGAAGUUCUACGUUGUUACUGACUGACUGGCCUGCUAUUCAGCCACACUAUACUAUGGAACAAUACUGUUCGAUAGAUAUAUCUCAUGCAAAAGUCUAACAAAUCGCAAGCAUAAUUCUACUCAUUACUACCAAUAACACAAAUGCCCCAGUAUCUAUUUCUUAAUUAACACUAAUGAAUGCGCAUGUACAGUUGCCAAUCCUUCUCAGAAUUUAUUUAUUGACGUUGACUUAAGGAAUAUCUUAGAUGGUUAAAGUACUAAAUGAUGAUGUUAUUAAAUAAUUUUUGUAAAACUAUGUGUAGUUAAUUUUAACAUUAAUAUUUCCUGUUCAAUUGAUAUUAAAUCUAAUAUAACAGUUAAAAUUGUGAAAUAUCUUCACGGAAUAUUGUAAUUGUAAAGUUUGAUUUCCUCACAGACAGUAACAACUUAACAGAGGAACAAUGAUUUCGUUGAAAAGUAUUCACUACAUAGGUGAUUGAUUUUCAUUGAACAUAUAUCAAAGUGCACCGAAGAAACUAAUAUUCAGCAAAUGAAAACUCUUGACUCUAUCCUACGAAUUGAAGCAUUCCUUCGAAUCAUAAACUAUCACUGUACAUUUUAUCUAUAUUCGAUUGUCGUUAAUCGUUUAUAAACUUCUCGAUUAUGGUGUAGUUAGGCGAAAACUGCAAUUUUCUUGGUUUCUCUUCAAGAAAUUAUUUUGUAUUAUUAGGUAGAAAUUUGCUUGUCGUGUUCAUUUAUUAGACGAAAAUAUGCAAUUCAUUCAAUGAGCGUUUAGAUUAUCUAUUAGCAAAUCGUUAUUAGUAAAAAUAAUAGCACCUGGUCAAAAAACACCGACCAAAUAAGCACACCCAAAACACAUGAAUUCUAAAAGCAAUUGACAUAGAUGAAUCCAAUCCCGUGGUAUCGAUAAAAGCUUGAAGCUGUUAGAUCGGAAACAAAAAAUUAUUGGAAUUAACUAAAUACAAAUUUGAAUAAUAAUUGAACGAACAUUGAAUAACGAACAACGCUAAUCAUUGACUUCUUACGAAACUUUUAUUCAAUUCACAAACAGACGAAAACUUAUGUAAUUUACAGAAGCAUAUAUCUUUCUGUACUCUGAAAGCAUUGACAAACUAAUUUAUAUUUAUUAUAUACAAAAUUGGGAAAACUGAAUUAUGACACAUUUUAUGAUCAAGUCAAAUAUUGAACCAUAGAAGAUAAACAGUAUACACAUUAAUACAAAUAUACAUAUUGAAGUUCAAUGGAAUGAAACAACAAUCAUACAACACAUAAUACAAUGAAAAGUGAAUAACCGUGAAAGUGAAAGGAGAACAUAACAAUCAAAAUAGAUAAUAUAAAUGACAAAAACAAACACAAAACCAAAACACAAUAAAUAAAAAACAUACAGAGUACAUUGACCCCAAAAAAACUGCAAAACAAAAGAACAGAAAAUCAUCAACACAUCACAAAGCCAUCAAUCAAAAGAUGGUGUGAUGUUUGAAUGAACUAAUGAUACCGUUGUACUUGUUGAAUGCUCGAUUUCGAAUUCCAAAUACAAUACAUUCGUUUGUGCUUGUAUCACUUCUUAAUUCAAUUGUGUUAAUUCCGGGAUUCCUAGUUCAUACAAUUCAAAUAAUUCAAAGCAUUAUAUUGGCGUCGCGAUGGAGCCUGCAAUGGAAAAGUUAGAUAUUCAUUCAACUCUUGAAGCUUUUGAGGAUUACUUAGAAAGGUUCGAAAUCUGGAGCAUGACUAAGAAAGAUGUUAAAGGUGAAAAAAUUGUGGCACAUUUUCUGACAUUCAUUCGGAGAGAUGCGUACAGUUUAUUAAAAACUUUGGCAUAUCCAGAAAAACCUAUCUCACUCAUGUAAAAUGCACCAGUUUUGAAUGCCGUGAAAGGGCGAAGUUUCAUAAGAUGGUUCGUCAAAAUGACCAAGAGGCUCGGGAAUUCAUCCUUGAAUUACAGAAACAAGCUGCCAAGUGCAAUUUCGGUGAUCAACUUCAUGUGCAACUGAGAGAUCGAUUAAUUGCAGGAAUUAACAUACCGAGUUUGGAAAGAGAGCUGUUAAAAAUGCCAAACUGUUCCUUUCAAGAUGCUAGAACUGCAUGUAUUAACUACGAAGCAGUCAAUGAACUUGAUAUCCAGUCGAUGAAGAUUUCUAAUACUUUGCUUAGUCGUCGUGAUUAACUACAAUUUCAGGGUCAAUCAAACUUGAGUUCAUUUAACAGUGAUUCCUAUUCUCGUGUAAAUAUGAAAGGUGUUUCAACAAGGAAUUACAAAGCAAAUCACAAAGGUGAGAUGAAGUUUGGUAAAUGUUUAUCAUGUGGAAAGUCUCAUUCUCGCAAUUCAUGUGCAUUUCGUAAUGCUAAAUGUUUUAAAUGUGGUAAGAUAGGACACAUUCAGUCAGUAUGCAAAGCUACUGUCCAUUUUGCUUUAAGCUGUACUCAAUCUUGUAAUUUAAACUUCAAUAAUUCGGAUGUUUCUAGUGAUCAUUUAUCUUUGUCUACUAUUUCGAAAGGUAAUGCUUACGUUCAAAAACGACUACAUACAUCGCUUGGUUCAUUUCAUGACUUUAUUCUGGACACAGGCAGUAUAGAGUCCAUUAUUUCAUUCAAGAACUUGAAAGCUUUAGAUCCUAAUGUUGUUGUACGACCCACUGAAGUAUCAAUAUUGGGGAUUACUGGACAUAGACUGCCCAUACGAGGAUGUUGUGAAUUGCUAAUAAGAGAUGAUAAUUCUUUAUACAUACCUUGUGAAUUUUUAGUUAGCGAAACAGGGCUGUCAAUUUUGGGUUUAAAGAAUUUGAAAAGGCUUAAAGUGGAGUUGUCCUUCCUAGUUUCUAAAGAAAAUUCGGAUACUUUACUUAAAGAUUUGAUAGCUGUGUGCUAAGUGCAGUGGAGGUAUGAAAAUUAAGCCUAUAAAACUUCAAGUACAUGGUGAUCCAGUCUUUCUUAAUAGAUGAAUAAUUCCUUAUGGUCUUCGAGAUGCAGUACGUAAGACAUUAAACGACUUGUGUGCGAAAGGCAUAAUUGAGCCAAUUCAGUCUUCAGCAUGGGGUACUCUUAUCGUUACACCACUGAAGUCGGACGGCAAGACCCCUGGAAUUUGUGGUGACUAUAGAUUAACUCUGAAUUCCCGUUUCUUGAAGCAAACGUGCACGACGGUAGAAGCUGAAGAUAUUCUAAAUCGACUUCAUGGUUCUAAAGUGUUCUCGAAAGUUGACCUAAAAGAUGCUUAUCUUCAAAUUCCUUUAGAUGAAUCUUCACUCCUUUUGGUCUGUUCAAAUACAAUUUCCUUCCAUUUGGUCUAAGUUGUUCUGCAGCCAUAUUUCAGGAAGUUAUGAAUAAAGUAGUUAGUGAUCUUGAAGGUGUUGAAGUUUAUCAAGAUGAUCUCAUUGUUCAUGGUUCUAAUAAGGUAGUUCAUGACCAGAGACUUAUUGCUUUAUUGCGUCGUUUAGUUGAGAGGAAUAUUACAGUGAAUCCAAAUAAGUGUUCAUUUUGUGUAUUUAAUUUUGAAUGCCUUGGAUACCUAGUUGAUGGUAAUGGUUUUAGACCAAAUAUGAAACGACUAGCUCCACUGACUAAUGCACCGUCUCCGAAAAAUCUUACAGAAUUACGUUCACUAGUGGGUGCUCUUCAAUACUAUUCCCGUUUUAUUCCCAAUUUUUCUUGUCGUGCAAAUUGUUUAUUUAUUAUUUUAACAUACAAUUCAUUCAAAUGGAGUGAGGAACAAGAGUCUACUGAAGUUUCUUCAAAGUGAUGCUGUUCUUCGAACGUAAUCCCCCAAUGUACAUUCUGUGCUUAUUACUGAUGCAUCACCUGUGGGAAUUGGUGCAGUUUUGGAACAGGAAGGUAGACCAGUUAUUUGUGUUUCACGCAAACUUACUGUUACUGAACAAGGUUAUUCACAGACUCAGCGGGAAGCAUUAGCUGUGUUUUGGGCUGUUGACAGACUUCAUAGAUAUUUAUUCGGAAAGAAAUUCACUAUUGUUACUGAUCAUGAAGCUUUAAAGUUUAUUUAUCAUCCCGAAAAAUCCUUAGCACGUUCCUCAGCAGCUAUGGUUCAGCGAUGGAGUACAUAUGACUAUACGGUUCAGCACAGAAGUGCCAAACAGAUUCAACAUGUUGAUUACAUUUCUCGACAGUCAUUACAAGAUAAACCUAUUAAUACUUCGGAUUGUUUGUUAGUGCAGCCUUUACCAGUGAGACGUUCAGAUCUCAUAAGAGAAACUCGUAGAUAUUUUGGAUGUAUACUCAGUGCUAUAAGGAAAGGUUGGAAUGCUAAUUUGAAACGUAGAUUUCCUAUCUAUUUUUCAAAGCGGGAUGAGCUAUCAACAACUCCUGAUGGUAUUCUGUGUUUAAAUGAUCGUGUUGUCAUUCCUUCUUCAUUGCGUAAAUCUGUUUUUGAAGAUCUUCAUAGUGGUCAUUUAGGUGUUGAGAAAAUGAAGUCCUUGGCAAGGCUCACAUGCUGGUGGCCAGAGAUAAAUGCGGAUAUAUGUCGUACGGCAAACAAUUGAGAAAUGUCAUCAGUUGAAAAAUCAUCCUUCGAAAUGGGGGCCAUGGUAAGUAUCGUCUGAGGCCAGGCAGAGGAUUCAUGCUGACUAUUGUGGACCAUUUCUUGGUAAAUACUACGCACCAGUAUUCAAUGAUUCUUUUUCAAAGUGGCCUGAAGUUUUUUUCACAACUUCACCAAAUGAUUUCACAAAACAAGCAUUAAGAAAAGUGUUUAGUCGAGAAGGGGUUCCCAUGGUGUUGGUGACUGAUAAUGGCUCACAUUUUGCUGCAGCUGCAGUCACUACCUGGUUGAACGGUAUAGGGUGCAAACAUCUAUUUACUGCUCCCAGACAUCCGUGUUCUAAUGGUCAGGCAGAGAAUUUUGUUAGGACAUUAAAGACGCUAUUGAUUCUAUAGCCCUCUCAACAUCUAAUGAGCUGAAGAGGGGGAGUAGAUACCUUUCUAUUGCAAAAUAGAAAUGCCAGACAUUCGAAGACGAAGGAUACUCCAGCCAAGCUAUUGCAGGAAGAAUUCUUCGGUCGAAUACGAGAGGUUUGGAGUCUUCAGAAGUUACAUACUAUCGAGGAAAUGAUCUUCGACCAUCUACGUGUAUUGUUCUGAAGAAUGUCGGAAAAUCGUUGAUGCGAAUUCUAGACAUCGAUAACUUAAGUACACACCGUCCACAUGUAGAUCAAAUGCUAUUUCAGGAAAGAGGUGAGUCAGUAUCGAUUUCGAUUGUUAAUUUUAAUGCUAAUGAGCAUAUUCUAGAUAAUACAGAAUCCUCAUGCAAUACAAUGUCAGACAGACUCAUAAUGAAUUUGAGUAGAAGACCUACGAUUGAUUACAAACACCUAGAAUCCAAUUUACGCUGCGGCGGAUGUGGUGCUUGAAUAAACUAAUGAUACCGUUGUACUUGUUGAAUGCUCGAUUUCGAAAUCCAAAUACAAAACAUUCGUUUGUACUUCUGUCUCACUUCUUAAUUCAAAUGCGUUAACUCCGGUAUUCCUUGUUCAUAAUACAAUUCCAAUAAUUCAAAACAUUAAAGAUGGUUCAUUGACAUCAUUACACCAAUAUGUACUCCACAACACGAUGCACCAACUCGUCCACUCACCUAAACAAUCAAUAAACAAACAAGAAAAAACAUCUCCUUACUCCAAUGAAUACAAAUGACAUAUAUAUGUGUAUAUAAAUAUAAAUUAACAAAGCACUAUAUCAGAUGGUGUUGCACACAUCACAAUCGAUUCAGAUAAUCAAAGAAUCGGUGGAUAUGUAUUUGCAUCAUUUCAAAUUUAUCCACAGUAAAACGUUUCCUCUACAAAAUAACAGGCUCAAAAUACCAUCUCAUCUUCCAACCAUUCAACAUAACACACUCAUCACUUCCUCGUAUUUCUGGGUACACGUGUUCCUUUCAACAACAACAUCUCCCACAUCCCACAUAACAUUUCACCAUUACUACAGACAUAUACACACAUUCAUAUGCAACUCGUAAUAAAUCAAUUGCAUCACAAACACCACCAUCAUCCACUCACCUGAUCUCUCAGUCGUCACCAUC